CAGACAUGCCCAUCCAACCGCAAUCCUUCCCUCCCUCUUGAUCCCACGGCACAAACCAACUCCCAACCCCCGAACCUGUGAAAACCGACCCGAAAGAAAGAAAGAAAGAAAGCAUGCCCCCCCCCAACAUCACCAUCAUCCACCCGGACCUCGGCAUCGGCGGCGCCGAGCGCCUGAUCAUCGACGUCGCCCUGGCGCUGCAAUCCCGCGGCCACAAAGUCACCAUCUACACCUCCCACCGCGACCCGUCGCACUGUUUCGACGAGGCCCGCGACGGCACCCUCGAUGUCCGCGUCCGGGGGAACACCAUCUUCCCCGCUCAUGUCGGUGGUCGGCUGUAUGUGCUUAUGGCUAUAUUGAGACAGUUGCAUUUGACGGGGGAUCUGUUGCGCGAGCUGUGGGAUGGGAAAAUACACGGAGAGGUAGAGGGAGAAGGAGAAGGAGAGACGGCAGAUGAGAUUUUCAUUGUUGAUCAGAUUCCGGCGUGCGUGCCGUUUUUGAAGAUCUUUGGCCCGAGGAGUGGGAGUGGGACUGCGACAGCACGCCAGCGCAUCCUCUUCUACUGCCACUUCCCGGAUCAAUUGCUCUCGCGCCGUGACGAGGGCGGACAGCUCGUUCGCUGGGCGAAGGGCCUGUACCGGUACCCGUUCGAUUGGUUUGAGGGGUGGGCCAUGAGCGCGUCCGACAAGGUGGUUGCCAACUCGAGGUUUACGAGGGGCGUUGUCGGGGGUGUUUUUGGGAGGGAGAAGUUGGGCGAUUUGAGUGUUGUUUAUCCUUGUGUGGAUGUUGCGGUGGGUUCUGCUGGUGAAGCCAAGGAGGAGGGGUUGUGGGGCGGAAAGAAGAUUCUCUUGAGUAUUAAUCGCUUCGAGAGGAAGAAGGAUAUGGCGUUGGCGAUUCGCGCGUAUCAUGGUCUUGGGGAGAAGAGGAGGGGGACGAGGUUGGUUGUUGCGGGCGGCUACGAUAAUCGGGUGCAAGAGAACGUGCAGUAUCACCGGGAGCUGGACGAGUUGGCGACGCGGCUGGGCCUGCAGACGGCGACAUCCAAGACGGUGGUGUCCGCGCUGUCGAUCCCAGACUCCAUCGACGUGCUGUUCCUGCUCAGCGUGCCGACUGCGUUCCGCGACACCCUGCUGCAGCACGCGAAGCUGCUGCUCUACACGCCCAUCAACGAACACUUCGGGAUUGUGCCGGUGGAGGCGAUGCGCGCGGGCGUGCCGGUGCUGGCAUCGAAUACGGGCGGGCCGCUGGAGACGAUCGUCGAGGGCGAGACGGGCUGGCUCCGUGACGCUAAGGUCGACGCCGACUGGACGGCCGUGAUGGACAAGGUGCUGUACGGGAUGGAGCAGGCUGAUCUGGACCGCAUGUCUGCCGCGGCAAAGCAGCGCGUCGAGACGGAAUUCUCGCUCACGGCCAUGGGCGAGAAGCUCGAGGACGAGAUUGCCGAGAUGCUCGGCAAGGAGAGACGGCCCUUCCACGGCUUCCAGCAGCUUCUGGUCUUCCUGGCGUUGGUCGGCGGCGUGCUGGUCGUGGCGAUGGCGCUGCUUGUGCGGAUUCUUUGAUUGUUUGUUCGACGAAUACCCUUUUUGCGUGUAAUAUAGGAAGAUUCCCACUA